AUGGGCUGGCGCGUGCUCUGGAACGGGCAGUUCCCAGGCGGGCAGUUCCCAAGAGCCAUUACCUCCAACCGAACCUCCUUCCUUCUGGGCAUCAUGGGCCCCAGCACCUCCAUCGACUGUGACCAGAGCUCCGCUGGCAUGGCGCUGAUGCUGGGCGGUGCUGCAGUGACUCCCGCCAACGAGCGGCGGAGCUCCAGCGGCGGCGACAGCGAGGCGGCGAUCUGCGGGGGCGUCUUCCUGCAGAUGACGCCCUUCAUGUGGCCUCGCUUCAACGCCUACAUGAACCCCAAUGGCCGGUGCUUCUCCUUCGACCAGUGUGCCAACGGUUACGUGCGUGGGGAGUGCUGCGCGAGCGCGGCGCUGAAGCCUUACGCGGAAAAGGUGGGGAACCAGUUGUCAGUCAUCGAAGGGCCCGUCGUUGGCACCAUGGUGGGCUGGCGCAUGACCAACAACGGCCGCAGUGCUGGCCUGCACGCGCCCAGCGGCCCCGCCGAGCAGGAGGCCGUGGCGGACGCCAUUCGGCACGCGGGCAUCAGUCCGCUGGACUUGGAUGCCAUGGAGUGUCACGCUGCUGGCUCUCUGCUCUCAGAUGGCGUGGAGGUUGUCUCCGCUGCCACCGUGUGCAGAGGGGGCGAAGGCGGAGAUCGAGAGAUGCUGAUCCUGGGUGGUGUGAAGACCAACGUGGGUGCGCAGCAGGAGGCCUGUGGAAUAACAAGCUUCCUGAAGGUGCUGUACAACAUUAGCCUGGCCAACAAUGCCCCGACCAUCCACUUGAAGCAGCUCAACCCACACAUAGAGUUGGGCGAGGCUGCGGUGUGCUUCAAUUCGGAGGCCCUCGCCUACCGCGACAGCCGGGCCUUCCAUGGUAUGAGCACCCGCGGCAUGGGGGGAACCAACAUCAACCUGAUCUGUUGGUUCAGCGCCGAUGGCACACGGGUCCCUAUCGUGAAGCCCAAGAUGCUGAGGGCAUCCUUCUCUUUCUGGCCAGGAGGCGGUGGGAUCUUGGAGAGCGAGUUCAAGUCCUCUGAGCUUCACGUGCGGAUGGCAAUCGGCUUCAUGACCUUCACCGUGCCCCGUCGCAAGCCGGUCCAGUGA